AUGGCUACUAUUUUGAGAUUACCAUUUAAUUUGAAGAGAAUGAAGUCAUUUAAAAUGGUUAGAUUGAACCAUUUACUUCUAUUAUUAGUUCAGGCAUCGAUAAAUGAGAUGUCAAUUCAGAGGAUAGUUGAUGGUGGCUUAAGGGAUUAUGAGAGUUUUAAUGAAAUGUUUGGCCUCUAGUCUGACAUUUACCAAGAAUAAUUAAGAAUUAAAUGUUCUUAAAAUAGUUUAAAUUAGGAUGAUGCAAAUUUAUGA